CUUACUAAAUUAGUCUUUUUUUCUCAGCCCAGUUUUUCCUGAACACCGACGCAAGCGGCUUUUCUUCAGAUUCUGGAGCACAGAGCCGACCUUCAGUCACUCACCUCCCGCAGACAUGCCCGGGUCAUUAUAUGAAACCUCCAAUCUGGAGCGAGGCGGCAACAACAGGAAGAAGAAGAUAGAGGAAUUCUCUAGGUCUUCUCGGGAGAAACUUGUACAGUCGAAGAACAAGAUGUUUUCCAAAUUUACCUCCAUUCUCCAGCACGCGGUGGAAGCGCUGGCGCCGUCGCUGCCCCUGCAGGAGGACUUUGUCUAUCACUGGAAGGCCAUCACGCACUAUUACAUCGAGACUUCAGACGACAAAGCUCCCGUCACAGACACCAACAUCCCCUCCCACCUGGAACAGAUGCUGGACAUCCUGACUCAGGAGGAAGCAGAACGGGAGUCGGGGGAGACGGGCCCCUGCAUGGAGUACCUCCUGCACCACAAGAUCCUGGAGACGCUCUACACUUUGGGCAAGGCAGAUUGUCCUCCAGGAAUGAAGCAACAAGUUCUGACCUUCUACACCAAACUGCUGGCCCAUAUCCGUCAGCCGCUGCUGCCUCACAUCAACGUCCACAGACCUGUGCAGAAACUGAUCCGACUGUGUGGGGAGGUUCUGGCAGCGCCCACAGAGAACGAGGAGAUCCAGUUCCUUUGUAUCGUCUGUGCCAAACUGAAGCAGGACCCGUACCUCGUCAACUUCUUCCUAGAGAACAAGUCAAAGAGGCUGGAGAACCAAAGCUUGGCGGGGACGGACGGCGGGAAGGAGAGCGCCUUGGCUCCAGACACGGGCCAGUCUCCUGCAGACGAGCAUGCAGAGGAGGCGCAGGCGGCAGCCGCUGGUCCAGCCAGCAGCACUAACAACUACAACCUGGUCACAUCGCUGCUCAACCUCACCAAAAGUCCCGAUGGCAGGAUCGUGGUGAAGGCCUGCGAGGGUUUGAUGCUGCUGGUUAGUUUACCAGAACCGGCUGCUGCCAAGUGUUUGACGGAAAACACGGAACUCUGCCAUCUCCUGACCGACAGGCUGGUCUCCUUUUACAAAGCUCUGCCGCAGUCCAUGGACCCCCUGGACAUUGAGACAGUGGAGUCGGUGAACUGGGGUCUGGAUGUUUAUAACCUGAAGGAAGACGCCGCCAUCUUCACGGGAAAAAGAGCUCUCAUCUCAUUUCUGUCGUGGUUGGAUUACUGCGAUCAGCUGAUCAAGGAGGCUCAGAAGUCAGCAGCCGUGGUGAUGGCGAAAGCUGUGAAGGAGCGGUUCUUCAUGGCCGUGAUGGAGCCGCGGCUCAUGCAGACGUCCGAGGUGGGCAUCCUGACCUCCACCGCCCUGCUGAACAGGAUCAUACGGCAGGUGACGUCAGACGCCCUGCUGCAGGAGAUGGUGUACUUCCUGCUGGGAGAGGCCACGGAACCCGAAACGCCGGCCAAGACGGCGCAGAAUCAGCUCCGCCACCGCCUCAUCGAGCACUGCGACCACCUGUCAGACGAGAUCAGCAUCAUGACGCUCCGCCUGUUCGAACACCUGAUCCAGAAGCCCAACCAGCACAUCCUUCACAGUCUGGUGCUGCGCAGCCUGGAGGAGAGGAACUACCUGGAGAACAAACCCCAGGAGGAGCGCGAGCCUGUGGAGAACGGCCAGCCUCAUGACGCUGUAGACCUGGAGGAGGAUCCGCUCUUCGCCGAUGACCUCUCACCAGACAGCCGGCUGGCCUCCGAGUGGAUCAGCUCCUCCCCGCCUCAGAGUCCGGAGCACUCGAAGGCCGACGGGAAGACCGAGGUCCACAAGAUCGUCAACAGCUUCCUGUGUUUGGUUCCCGAUGAGGCCAAAUCUUCGUAUCACGUGGAAGGAACCGGAUACGACACGUACCUCAGAGACGCACACCGACAGUUCAGGGACUACUGUGGGAUCUGCCAGCGGUGGGACUGGAGAGGACACCCCAAACCCUUAGAGAAAUGUAACCUGGACUCCCCAUUUUUCGAGGGUCACUUCCUGAAGGUUCUCUUUGACAGAAUGGGCCGAAUUCUGGAUCAGCCCUACGAUGUGAACUUACAGGUGACGGCGGUGCUCUCCAAGCUGUCUUUGUUACCACACCCACACCUGCACGAAUACCUGCUGGACCCCUACAUCAACCUGGCCCCCGGCUGCAGGUCCCUGUUCUCGGUUAUCGUCAGGGUGGUUGGAGACCUCAUGUUGAGGAUUCAGCGCAUCCCUGACUUCACCCCCAAACUGCUGCUGGUGAGGAAGAGGCUCCUGGGCUUGGAGCCGGAGGGCAUCACGGUCGACCACGGGACUCUCCUGGAGGGGGUGAUUGUCCUGGAGGAGUUCUGCAAGGAGCUGGCCGCCAUCGCUUUUGUCAAGUUCCACGCCGCUGCCUCGUCUUCGCCCUGACCUCCUCGCCGUCGGGACUAACCGGGACAUUGUGGUUCUGUGGGACGGGAGGCACAGGGUUUUUUAAGUAUUACCGCUUCACCGGGGGCGGGCUGGAGGACUGUUGAAGACCCCAUGAUCCACCGUGAAGACCCGGUCUGGUUUUUGUGAAAACUGUCCGGCCAGAGGCGCCCCCCCCCUGUAUUUAUUUUCUGUCUGUAAACGUGUGGAAACGCAUCUUCAGUUACAGCGAAUCUGUGCGUUUCUAUCAGAAAACGCCAUCCGAGCCUGCACUUACCCAGAAUGCAGUUCAGUAUUUAUGAUACUGCAGCUCAUUUUAAAUGCCAAGCCCUCGUAUUGAACUCUUUGCUUCCAUGUUGCCUUUUUUUUUUGCUGUUUUACAGCGUCGUUUGUUUUUUUCCAUCUUGAAAUGCGUUCAAACGAUCCGCUUAGCGUCACGCGGUCCUAUCUGGACCUCGCUGUCACUCGUGCUCAUGGAGGGAAAAGCUCUGGUGUUGUGCUGCGUUCCUCUGAACAUCCAUGUUCUCAGUCACUUAUUUAUUUGUAAAGCUGCUUGUGUUCAUCUUCAGAUGUUUUGUGUCGACGCACGGCUGAUGUCGCUCUCGCGUGUCCUAAAGACCUCUAGACCCUUCAGAGGUAUUUCAUCCAGGAGCAUCUCCAGACCUGAACCGCCGCAGUUUUCCCUUUUCAUUGUGGUUUAAAGAACCGCCCCGCUGGUUCUGUGUUAACUGGGACAUUUAAGAUCCAGCUUUGAUUGGAAAGUUUGUGUUGUUUUUGGAGUCUUCAUGGUUGCUUCUCAGGCUCCGCCCACACAUCCACCCUGUCGCUCCUCCUUAUGCGACAGUCCAAUGACUCAUCGUCACGUUUGUCUUCAUAAACCAAAAAGAGAAAUUUGGAUUCUGAUGGAAAACAUUCCUAUGUGGAUGGUGAUGUUUUUAAACUGUCAAUCAUGCACAUUUUCUAUCAACUGUGUGUAUAAAUACAUACGUAUACUGUGUACUCUCUAUAGAGAAAUCCUACCGGGUGUAAGUGCAUCAGUAAGGAUUGUUUUACGGUCACAGAGGCGUGGGUGGACCUCUGGGUUCUCCUACUUCGGUUCCACGUGCUUUCCUCACCUUCCUCCCGUUAAGCUGGUCCGUCCGGCGCGUGGCGGUCAGUUUGAGCGUGGUUGCAUCAUUGCUGCAGAGCGCACGCUGGCUUCAGGUUCUCCCUGCAGCCCAAGCGGAACUUUCAGGACCUUUUGGAAGUUCUCCGUCUGAAUAAGACCCCUUCAGAGGGAAAACGCCGUUCUUCACAGACUGUCGAGUCAUCUUCUUUUAUUACAAAAUGUUUGUACAGUAAAACAAAAA